AUGAGGUUGCUCUCGAGGCUGGGCAGAGCCCUGCGGGGCCGGCUCCAGAACCAGGCCUGGCGGCCUGGGGCCAAGCGCCGGCCAGAGGGCCAGAGCAAGGCCCAGGAGUUCGCUCGCAGCCUCGGCGGCCUCACCCUGGGCCUGACUCUGGCCAGCAUUUAUGGGGCUCUGGUGCUGCUGGUGCAGGGCCACGAUGUCUGGUACUGCCUGAGCAUUACUGUCAUCCUGGGCGCGGGGCUGGGCCUGGGCAUGGCCUUCUCCAUGAAGACACGGAUGACUGUGCUGCUGGCACUGCCGCACUUCUUCACCAAGGAGGGGAAGAUGAUGAUCAUGAUACUGGCGCUGUGCCUGACCGUGCAAGGCCCAGGCGCCAAUCUCCUGCACAACGUCUCCCAGGUCGCCAAGGCACUGUCAUGUGGGGCUGAACUGGCCCAAAACCAGACGGCCGAGCGGCUGCAACGUGCCAAGGAGCCGCUGCUGAACGUGCAGAAGAAAAUCAAGGAGAUUGGCCAGAACGCCAAGGUGGUGGGUGACCGGGUCCGUAAGUUCGUCCGCUCCAUCAUAGACUCCACUAGACACGUUGCCCGGGCCCUGCGCAACGUUUGGCUGUGGCUGGCGAGGGCUGGCAAUAUGUGUAACCGCGAGCUGGGGACACCCCAGAGCAGCUGCUUUCGCUACAUGGACAAGGCCAAGGACAGAUGUGAGAGUGCCUUCCCCCUCUUCUUCCACUUCUGCUAUGUCAUCCUCAGCUUCAAGGCCCUCUGCUACAUGCUCACUGCUCUUGCUAUCAUGUUCUGCACCAUCCCUCGGUACAUCCAGACCUUCAUCCGGAUUAAUGUCGCAGCCCCCCUCACAGAUGCCCUGAACCGUGUCCGUGCUGAAUUUGAGUUCAACAUCUCGGUCUCGCACCACUUCAGCUUCAACCUCAACGCCAGCAAGAGCCUGGGGGAGGUGUCUGCUGACAUAAUGGAGGCUGUGCAGCAGCACAUGGAGCCCUACCACCGCGCCCUGGAGUUCUUCUCCUACAUCUCUGUCUUGGCCAUCCUCUACUUGUGGUACCAGGCGAUUCGGUACCGGCGCCGCUACCUGCGGGACGACACCUUUGACAACGUUUACAUCACGCGGCGCUUCGUGGAGCUGGACCUGCGGUGCGCAGAGCAGGGCAAACCCACCGUGCUGCCUCUGUCAGCGCUGGAGAGGGGCCGCUACAUCCCCCCAGGUGCGCUGUGGCUGUCAAAGAGGGAGCGGCGCCAGUACGGGCUGCAGCUGUUUGGGUUCCUGCGCCAUGUGCUGCUGGGGCUCAGCAUCAUGCUGGCUGACUACAGCAUCUUCUGGCUACUUGACCUGUUCCGGCACCAGCUGAGUGCGGAGAUCAUCGCCAGGGCGCCAUCGACAAUGACCAUCAGUGUCAAUGGGACGGGCUACACCAGUGAGAUCUACCAGGAUCUGGUCUCUGCCUUCAACGCGCUGCAGGAGGGCAAGGUCUCGGUGCUGUCCCAGGUCUGUCUCAUCGAGCCCGUGGAGCCUGACCACAACACCUACAUGACCAUAGGAAUCCUGUACGGUGUCUGGCUCUUCAUCUGCAUCUUCGGUUCCUACAUGGCACGCCUGCGCCGGACAGUGUGUGCUGCCUACUUCCCAUCCCGUGAGCAGGAGCGCCUGGUCUUCCUCCACAACAUCAUCCGGGCACGGCGGGAAUGGAUGAUGUUUGCCCUGCGCCAAGUUGGCACACAGCGCUUGGCCGAUACUGGGAAAAGCAGGCUCUUCCUUAUCCUCAUCUCCAGGUUCCCUCGCCUUGUCCGCCUCGCUCGCCGCUUGGGUAUCCAGCGCAGACACUGCCUGAUCUGUGGGAUGGCAGAGCAGCCGGAUUUCAGUGCCUGCAUCACAUCUGGCUGCAAAGGGUUGUAUUGCAGUGAGUGCUACAGAACCCUGAACAACACCUGCUCCGUCUGCAUGGCCCCCCUGAGCUUCCCGGACUCUGGGGAUGAGGAGAUGGACUCCAGUGACGAGGAGACACCGGAGCUGUGGGUGGGUGCUGUGCGGGCGCUGCGGGGCCAGGAUCGAGGGCGGCAGCUGCUGCAGCGCAUCAAGGACAUGAUAAAGAACAGGAGACUCCCCUUCAGAACGGCCACCCGUCUGCAAGACCAGCUGGAGGAGGAGAGUGAGGGGUUACUCUCCAGACACGACUUUGACCAUGAGGAGCAAGCUGAGAGAAGGGACGGAGAACUGCAGGAAGUGGUGGUCUCGCAGACACCCAAUAAUCUCCCCUCCUCAUCGGAGCAUCCCACUGGCACCAGUUCUGGAGCAGAAUUCCACCGUCCUCAGAAACCCCCCAAUACAAUCCUGAAGCGAGUGGUCGUCUCGGUGCUGCCUCGCCUGUGCAGCCGGUUCCUCUGGAGCCGGCCGGACGAGUAUCGCUGGAGGAAGGCCUGCCUGGGUGCUGGCUUUGGGAUGCUCCUUGGCCUCGGGCUCUGCCACCUCCUCAUCAUGCCUCUGGACGUGUCAGAGGCACAGAGGUUGAAGCUUACCUGGGGGCUGACAGGGGUGACUGCCUUGGGCUGGGCCACGUCCCCCUACUUCCGCUGCGCCAACCUGCUCGUGGUCCCCAAGUUCCUGGGAAAGGAGGGUCGGCUCUACGUUGUCUCCUUUGUCUUGGCUGCAAUCUACAGCGGGCCCGGGGCCAACCUCUGGUACAACCUGAUGGAGACAAAGCGCUCGAUGGAUUGUGUGGUGGAGCUACAGGUCAACCACACAAGACUUCUCUGGCAGGCAUCUACAGCCCCGCUGCACCAAGUCAUGGAACAGCUGGUGAGGAGCGCCGAGACGCUCAACUCGGACAUGCAGAACGUCUCGCGCGCCUUCGUGGAUUUGAACGAGCAGGUGGCCAACGAGGAGGGCUAUGACCUGCGGCAACGCCCAGACACAGGCAACCAGUCAGCCCCCAGCACCCAGGAGAUCUAUGAGACAAAGACCAAACUUCGUUGUAAAACUGUGAUUGAGAGGGGCUUGCAGCGCUGCUUAAGACAUUUCCAGAGAAUGUACGACAAAUGCAAGAAAAAAGUGACCGUGCCCCUCGUCAACCACAUCGUCUGCCUGCCCAUGCAGUUUGGGUUCCUCUGCCAUUCGGUCAAAUUCAUGAGGCGCUGGUGUGAGAGGAGGAUCCCUGUGGAUGGGAACUUCGGGUACAUGUAUGACCGCGUGAACAGCUCCGUCAACAGCCUCAGCCAAGAAUUCACCGCUGACAUUGCCUACCACGAGGAGCACCAUGAGACGCUGGUGGGCACGGAGAUAGCGCAGCAGCUGCGGGAGGAGGUGACCUCACAUCUGCGGAGGGAAGGCGCCCGCCUGGGCCUGGCUGUCUCCUUCUUCCGCCUGUUGCUGUCCUUCACCUUCCUCUUCGUCUUCUUCUCGGCUUUCCACUACACUUAUCAAUACUGUCACAGCAUCGGCUUUGACAACUGCUACAUCACCACCUAUUUCCGCCAAAUCGAUGCCCGGCGUAAAGAGCAGAACAAGCAGACGUUGCUGCCCCUGCUCCGGGAGGAGACCUCGUCUUUCAUCUUCCCGUGCAACCCAGCUGUGCAGCGGCCUGAGCUGCAGCACAUGGUGAUGGAGCUGCUCAGGUGCAUCCCACUGCUGCUCUUCCUUCUCUUCAUCUGUGGCCUGGACCACUUCAUCUUCAGCACUCUCAGCAUCAUUCAGCAUCAUUCCUUUAUCGAGUAUUCCUACCAAACCAGCCACCACUUGUCUGUGACUGUGAUGGGCACAUCCCUGAUGGCAGAGCUGCUGCGAUCCACCAUCGGGGCCCUCAACACCUCUGUCAACACCGAAUUGGAGACCUCCAACCUCGUCUGCCUGCCACAGCCCACCGGGAUGACGAGGCAGCAGUACCUGAACACCUGCCUGCCCCUGGGCGCGCUGGCCGUGCUCUGCUUGGUCCAGGUCUACCCGUUCCGCCUGCGCCGCGCCAUCGCCUCCUUCUACUUCCCCAAGAGGGAGAAGACUCGAGUGCUGUUCCUGUAUAACAAAUUGCUGCGGCAGCGGAAGAAUUUCUUGUUCCUGCAGCGCGGGCGCGUAGCCCGACAAGCACGGCAGCCACCCGGGCUGGGGACAUUGCUGCUGCAGCGGUGCCGCCAGCGCUGGCCCUGGCUGCGCCGCUGCUUGCGCCGGAGAUGCACCUUGUGCGGGUCACGCGAGACUCCCCAGCACCAGCCCUGCCCCAACCCCGACUGCACUGCCUUUUACUGCGAGUGGUGCUGGAAGGAGAUGGGGUUCAUGUGCCUCGCCUGCAGCCCCCUGGACCCCGACCUCGUCCAGGACAGCAGCGAGGAGGAGGAGCAGGGAUACGCGGGCUGA